CCGACGACGACGUGUGUGCGCUCGUGCGCUUGGAGCUUCGCUACAGACUAGUAAGACUUUUUGCGCUCGGUUAUAAAUUUAGAGUUUUCCGUGCAAGUCAGUCUACGAGCGACAACGUUUAAGGAAGGUCGCGCUGUUUCGCAUCCCCGCAGAAAUUUUUGCCGCUUAUUGCUUAUUAAUGUAAAUCCGGUGAAUUAUAUAUACUACUAAAUAUUACACAUAUAUAAUCUCUCUUACCGCAUUCAAAUAAUAAAAAGAAAAAAGUAAAUAUUUACGAUUCGGAACCGGUGGAAGAAAACCUAGCAGAUUCGCAGCGAAGCGAGUAACGAACGGAAAAACGUCGAAAGUUUCUGUGCUGUGUCGUGGAAAACACACCGAGCCGCGUUCUGCCCCGAGGAUAAAGCAAGUCCGGGAAAUCUUCGCCUCUUGAACCGUUUCUAGGAAGUAAAUAGUAGUGCGACGAUAGCAGGAACGAAAAAAAAAGUUAUCGUGACGAAGCCGAAAAAGUUAACUGUGCGUUGUUUCCAACUCUAUCCUGCCGGCUAGAAAAAUAAAAAUACAAGCUCGCGAAUACAGAAAAAACGCUACAUCUUAACCGGACAAAAAAGAAACUGACUGUCGUGAUUUUUGCGCAAAAUUUGCCACGGAACAAGAAGCCGCUUAGUCGAUUCGAUUUUAUUUGUUUCCCGCCCCCACGGUUUUCCUGUUAAUCCGUCUUUUUUGGUUCCGCUUCCGUCGUUUGCCGAGACAGCGUGUAGCUUCGCGUCGAUACUGGUGACAUAAACAAUAACGUUAGAGCGGAGAAAAACAACUUCAUUACAAGUACCACCUUCUUGUCAUCGCAGCAGCUACGUUUGUGUGUGGACGAUUUUCCUCGACCGUUCGUUUGCUUCGCAGCACAACGCUAGAAUCGGUGGAAAUUUCGGGCCUUGCUAACGGCAGAUAACAAACUGCAAAAAAUUAGUCUCUGUUGGUCGUCACAGCUUAACAGCGUCUAAUUAGUACAUGUGGCCAGCAGAGUACCCUGCUUCUCGUAACAGUUCGAGAAGUGUUGUUAGUGUGUAAGAGUGAUUCGUGAAAAGAAAAAAAUCUCAUGAAAAUUCAUUCAAGUAACAAAAAAGUUUACUCUGCCUUCACCAACGACCGCGCCGGUUCAAGGAAGGCGGCACACGGUAGAGAAGAAAACCUAUCGGCCCAUCCAAUCUCCCCUUCCCGGCAGAGAAGAAUCAGUGUGUGAAAAAUUAUUCCAACCAAUUUUCCAAGAAAAUCGUAAAUAUAUUAAAGAGGCCUUCGCCGACACAGUCAUAGCACAAAAGCCGAAGAAAGUGUGACGGAGCGCGAAGGUGUGUUACGAAAAAAAAAAAUAGAGAGUGUAUCCAUCUGUAUCGAUAAAUUUAAUGGCGAAAAUAUUCGGCACGGCAGCGCAGUAGAGGUCAUCGCUUAGAAAAAAGUACAGUCGAAGUACGAAAUUCGUCAACACGGAUCCAACAACACAACAACAACAGGCUUGUCGUCGUGAAGCCAACCGGCAGAAUUCGCAAAAAAAUACGGCGUCCCUCCCCAUCACCCAAGUAACGCCCAGCUCGGCUUAGCGCGCGCUGUAGCAGCUUUUCAUCCGUACACGGACCGCCCGGAACCAGCGCCGCUUCCCGUAGCCACCUAGCCUAUAUAGCCGCCCGCUCUAGCCGCUUCAGCCAGCCCUUUGCCAAACGUCCGCCAGUCCGCGCGCCACUGUCGUCACUCCCGCAAAGUUAAGUUUGUGCUUGUGCUUUUUGCAUCUUCUAACGCAUCCAACAGAGAAAAUCGUGCAGCUCAUUACAUCCUAGCAACGGGCUGCACAACACACUAUUACGGACCGCGUUACACCACAGAGCAGAAAGGACGAAAAGAAGAAGAAGAGAGAAAAAACACCACACUGACAGACUUUUUGAUUUUCCUUCACGACUGUGAAAGCUGAUAAAAGUCUGACGCCUCAAACGCCGCAACCGCUCAGCCACAGGAAAUCCGAAGGCGAGCUGGGAGCAAGAGUAAUUAGAAGUUACCAAACAGCGCGAACCAGGAAACGGCAUAACUCUUCCCAAAGGACAAUCAACGCUAGCGUCCAUCACGCAGUGGAGAAAACCAGGCAAAGAAGAAAGAAGGAAAACAGGAAGCACAUUAUCCUCCGCAAUAAGCCGAGACAGUUAGUCCGUCGUCAGUUAGUCAGUCAGUCAGUCAGUCAAACUAGCUUGCAAAACGCCAUCGGUAUCACCCGGACACUGAUAGACACCAGAGAAACCAAAAAAACGUCCGUUCCUGAGUAACUCACGAAGGAAUUAAUUUUUUAAUCUUAGCGCGAAGGAAGCAAGAGAAGCGGAAGUACGUACCUCUCUAGUCUUCGUUUUAAUUGCCAUAGGAAUUAGUUAGCGGAAGCAAACAAAGCGAAACACGGAAAGCUGAAUCAUCUACAUCGACUUAUCUUGUGAUACUAGACGGCGGGAAAGCUCUGCCGAACGGUGGUUCACACUGUGUGUACAGUAGAGAAAGAGAUUCCUAGUGAAUUCGUAGAAUAUCGUUGUCUCAACUUGUAGCGUUCUUAGUGUUUAUCGUUCCGGUAGUGAAUGUGCGUGUAGAUUGUUUACCAAGUUUACACUCCACCCUGCGCUCCUCAUUGUUCAGUUUGUGAAAUCUAACCAGUUGGAACACAAAAUUGCAAAGCAAAAGUGUUGUGAUUAUUCUGAGUGAGAAAAAAAAAGAGUUACAGAUCGCGUUCAGUUCCUACUCCUCAGAAAGAAUUUAAGCGAGAAAAUAUAAAAGAAAUAAAAAACUCUUUCAAGGCCUAAACGCACACACACGCACGCACGCACGCAACUGUAAAGUUAGUGAGCACACCAGUACUACUUUCAUACACCCAACCUCGCGUAUGGCCGCUAUGAUGAACAUGACGAAUCUACUGAACGGCAAGGACUCCCGCUGGCUGCAGCUAGAAGUGUGCCGCGAGUUCCAGCGCAAUAAGUGCUCCCGCCCCGAUACCGAGUGCAAAUUUGCCCAUCCGCCGGCCAACGUCGAAGUACAAAAUGGACGCGUCACUGCGUGUUACGACAGUAUUAAGGGUCGCUGCAAUCGUGAGAAACCACCGUGUAAAUACUUUCAUCCACCCCAGCAUCUGAAAGACCAACUGCUGAUAAACGGAAGAAACCAUCUCGCCCUGAAGAACGCCAUUAUGCAGCAGAUGGGAAUUUCACCAGGACAACCGGUGCUGCCCGGUCAAGUGCCAGCAGUGAUGUGUCCGGUUCAGAACGGCACCACGACGACGGCAGUGGCCACCGCAGGGGUACCACCGACGGCAGCGGCCGCAGCACUCGGAUUCACGAUCGCCUGGGGAACGCACCAUCCGCCUUAUACGACCUACGUCGUAAGUCACAGCAAUGGUACCAACUGUGUUCCGGCGGCGGCGGCUAUCAUGAACGGAAGCAGCAGCUGUCUAACUACCACCUCCAACAACAACAACAACAACAACAGUAACACCUGCACCACCACCACCCCCAGCCACAAUAACAACAAUCACAUCAGCACCAAUAACAAUAGUCAAGGUGGCACUUGCAAAGCAACGAAUCCUUACCUGACUGGCAUGCCCGCUAGCACGUACAGUCCAUACUUUCCACCCGGCCAUCUGAUGCCAACGCUGCUGGGGCCCGCGGAUCCGUCCGGCGUGUCCCAGCUGGGGCCCGUCGUGCAGCAAGCCGUAGUCCCGGCACAGCAGCAGAAGAUCCCUCGCUCGGACAGGCUCGAGGUAUGUCGCGAAUUCAUGCGCGGUGCCUGCAAGCGAGCGGAGUCCGAAUGCCGUUUUGCUCAUCCGCAGGAGAGCGUUACAACACACGAAGACGGUUCCGUCACGGUGUGCAUGGAUGCCGUGAAGGGUAGAUGCGCUCGUGAACCUUGUCGCUACUUCCAUCCACCUUUGCACCUGCAGGCUCAAAUAAAAGCAGCGCAGUCACGCGCAACCGCGUUUCCCGUCUAAAUCACUAACAAUCUCUCGCCACCUACUUAUAACUUCCACGUUUCCUUUACUUUUCAUUUAUCUAAUCACCUUGUUUUGCCAUUUGUUAACAAACGAAUGUUUCUUGAAUUUUUGUGUUUUUGAAUAUUUUUGUUUUUUCUUUUUCUUUUGUCGUUCGAAAGCAUAUUUUCGAACAGAGGUUUUGACUUCUUUCAUAUGUUAUCUACUAACACAAACACACGUGCACUCUCCAAAUUCACAGCCCUGUCGUGUAAUGUCAUCGUAUACUUUUUCCCCCACAUCCGCCCGGUCACCCCAAACUGCUGUGAACCACAAAAUCCCUUGCGUACCAACUGACACACACACCGUAGAUAUUCCGUCCCAAACUGAUAGUAGUGUCAUCAAUAUACACGAGCACACAGCGAAAUGAGAAAGAAAGCAAGAGUUGAGCACGAUUUUUACUCACACCCCGCUCAAAAGAGAAGCCAGAGACAUCUACACGCGACAGCAUCCAGCAACGUAGUGGCAGAAAGCGACGCUUGCUCUGUUUAGUUUCAGCGCUUUGAUACACAGGUGUCGCUUCACCUUGAGAAUCAAAUCAACACAGCCAACGAAUGCAAAUCGCUUCUGUUGCUACUGCUGCUGCUAUCUAUUGUUGCCUUUCGCUGUUUAAAGCUAGUUUUUGUUUAUGAAAUUAUUUAUCUCUUGAAAAUCUAGCUGGUCACGUUUCAGCAUUGGUUGAAGCAUUGUCUGUUACCACUUUUCCUCUGUCAGUGCUGUCUCUACUUUCUACUUUCUUUCUUUCUUUCUCGUUACGUCGUUAGUUGUGUCAUCUCCUUUCGUACUCAAAUCUUCCUUUCGCGUGUCCCAAACUUUUCCAAAUCUCACUGGAAAAUAUGCAUGUCGUUCUGUGUUCUAUAACCUGCAGACUCUCCGAAAGAUCAUCCUCGUUGAAGUGUGCUCUCAUCUCAUCACCACGCAUCCUACUUAUUAGAAUGUACGGCAUUAUCGGGAAUCGCACGGUUUGGCUUCCUGUCGGUUACCGAGUGACCAUUAGGAAGCCAGCUGUGCCAAUCGAUCGGCAACAAAUACCAGGAGAUAGAUCUGUAGUAUAGUUUCGUAGCUUAGUGUUCAAUAGGCCGACGUUCUGUUAAGUACCCCAUAGAAUAGAACUCAUUUAUAUAGUUUGCAGUAGUCAGCGAGACUAAUGACGACUUCGGUCGAAGAGUUGAUAAUUUGCGCGCAAUUUUUUUUUCUCUACUGGUGUGUCAUAUGAAAACGUUGCAAUGUUGUCAGUUAAAAACGAACGACGCAAAAAAGAAUUUACACUAUCAGCUCCAACUUUGAAGCCAUGUGAUUGAUACUAUAGUUAGCAGUUGUAGUUUGCAGUGUACCACUUGAUCGUUGUUAUCGGAGAAAGAAACCCAAUCAUUCAAAACAAUAACCCUUCUUUCAGGCCUCACUGGUAUUGUGAAAAAAAAACUAUUACUGUAUUCACUUCAAAAGUAUCUUAACAGCAUUAGUUAACAUUUUCAAGGAACCACAGACGGUUUGAACGCGGUAAUUUUGAUGUUUUAAAAAAUUUGUUGAUUUUUUCUAAGUGCAGUUUCGGGAUCAGCUCGACAUUGAUAAACAUUAUAUUUUGAGGUAACCUUCCAAAAUUGUGUUCUUUCUUUAUUAGUGUAAAUAGAUCGUGUCUAAAUGAGUUACAGCAGACUUCCUACAUUAUUUUACUUGCAUAUUACAUUAUAUGACUAACGUUAACUGUUCAAGUUUCACAUUUUACCUCUUACCUCGUAGUAACUUGUAUCUUACCUGUUAUUCUCAUUAGGAUUAUCAUGUGGAUGCAGGCCUCUGCCUUUCGUAUAUUUACUUGUGAAAUUUAUUUUUCCAAAGUCUAACAACUGAAGUCUUAAAUUUCCAUUUCUUUUGAGUUGCAACUUUAUACAUUUUGAUUACAUUUUACUGUUUUAAUUUGAAUUUUCUGCUAGUUGGUUUUUCUUGCUUUUCAACAUCGGAAUUUUGGUCGCAAAAUAUAUCUCCGCUUCUACCAAAACACAUAUUUUUUUUGGGGUUCCACCACAGACUGAUAGACCUAACACUGGAGUCUAGCACCACCUUCACAAAAACGACCGUUGCAAAUUUCCAGUCAAAUAAUAGUCAUCGCGCAAUAAUACCGUCUGGGUUGCUGUUACAGGAUCUCAUACUUUUGUUGUGAUUCCCAAUCUGAGAUAUGGACGCGCGAACACAGCGGUAGAUGGUGCUAGUGUUACGUGCGUAAACUACUGUCAUCAUACGAACACGAGUUCAUUAAAAAAAUUGUUCGAAGAUUAAUGUCUGUUAGUCUGUGGUUCCACUUCAUAAUUAUUUGACGUCUUAUCUUUUUGCCGAUUCCUAAUUAACUAUUUACGACUCCUUCUAAAGUUAAAAUUUUGUCAGCAGUUUGACGUUUUGAUUAACUAUUUUUUAUUAUUAUUGAUUAUUAUAAUAUAAUUAAAAGCUGGAUGUUGAAAUUCAUGACGCUUGACAUUCCAAAAGACCAAAAUUAGGCGCAAGGUUUUAUUUUCUUCUUGAUGGUAAAAAUUUAGUUUAAGCUUAUUUUGGUCUUCAAAUUUUUAAUUAAAUUUCAAUGAAAAUUAUUGAACGUGAAGGAAGGGCUGAUGGGGAGCCUGCCUGCUCAAGUCCGUUGACAUCGAACGGCUCUUAGAUUCGAACCCACGACCAUCUGCUUGUCAAAGCGGACUCUGUAACUUUGCGGCUGAGAAGCGCCCUCUCAAUAUGUAUAAAGAGCGGAGUUAAAAUUCAACCCGCACUUCCCCGGCGCUACGUUUAGUAAUUUUUCGCACCCCACUUCUUUCUUCUGCUUUGUGCUGUGCUUCUGCCGCUCGCAGAAAAAAUUAACUUACUUGCUGCUUACACUACAGCCGAGCGAAACAAGAGUGGUGAAUCAUUUUUGUGAGAAUACACAGAACUACAUCACAGUGCGCUCUAUUGAUAUUAUAUACAACAGAGGUAACUUAAGUUUUCUCGUAGAAAAAUGUAAUGAGUAGUGGCCCCUUGAUUUUUUUUUUCAAUUUCGAAAUGUAAAACAAAUUCGCCAAAAAACGCAAUCUGUUUUCCUACCCAGAUACUCCCCUCAUUUGAUAGUUACUCAAAAGACUCACUGUAAAAGUACUGCAAUAGUUAUUGUGCGUAAUGCCCUUUCCUGUGAGAAAACUCACCUCAGUCUAUCACCUCUCAGGAGAAAUAUUUCAAAUUCUACCACGAUUUGCUGUUCUUUUCAAACAAGUGCGUUAUACUGGAGCCGGGGUGUUUGGCCCUGGAAUCAGUAGAGCUAUACCAAUGGGCCACAGUCCAACGGUAUUUCAAGCAGAAAUUCAUGCUAUUAUUGAAUGUGUGGAUAUCUGUUUGAAAAGAAAUUACAGAUUUGCGAAAAUCUGCAUAUUUUCUGCCAGCCAAGCAGCUUUAAAUGCACUUCAAUCGAGGCUAGUGUGGGAAUGCCUUCUUUCUUAAAGACAAUUGGCCAGUAGGAACGAAGUUACUCUCUACUGGGUGCCUGGCCAUUGCGGCAUUGAAGGAAAUGAAAAAGCCGACAGCCUAGCAAGAGAAGGCUCAGCAUCAAAUUUUAUUGGUCCGAACCCAUUCUGCGGAGUCCCAGAAUGCGCUCUGAGGACUGAAUUUAGAACUUGGGAAAUGUCCACGGUAGAAUCAAGCUGGAACGCCACGGAUACAUCCAGACAAGCUAGAAGAUUUAUCACACCGAGUGCUGUGAAAGCUCGGAUCCUACUAAAUCUGAAUAAAAAAGAUCUUCGGGUACUAACGGGUCUGUUGACCGGUCACUGCCCGAGUAGGUAUCACCUAAACAAAAUUGGAAAAACUCGAUCUACAGAAUGUAGUUUUUGCCAAUUUGAAACCGAAACUGCUGAACAUAUACUCUGCAUCUGUGGAGCCUUGUUCAAUCAAAGGAUGUCAAUAUUUGGAAAAGGGCUACUAGAGCCCCAUGAAAUUUGGCAUUGUGAUCCUGGUAAGGUAUUAGACUUCAUAAAACGAGUCGACCCUAACUGGGAUCGGGUAUUAUGUCAACCAGUGUCCAUCACACCUUAGUUGUGAUAGGAUAAUCGACUAAUACCAAAUCAAACAUGGGUCAUACAACAAUAGUCCUUACUAAUGGACGCAGUUGUGUUUCGGCCCUACAGGGAAAAAAAAGCAAGUGCGUUGAUAUGAUCACCACUCUAAGAGCAGUUGUUUCCGCAGUGAAAAAUAUUCUCCUUCAUGCUAGAGAUUCUCUGAGAAUAACAGACAAGCCCGUCAAUGCAAUGAAGAAAACCCUUCCUUUUUUACCGCUGGACCAGUUGCUGACAGGCAAAAAACGGCACUCAACAUCCCUUGGCUCAAAAUCAUAAGGAACCUAAGUUCCUAGUUUUAAAAUUAUUCUCAAAGCAUGCAGUCGCUUUAAUGGAAAUUACCAAUAUUAAAGCAAACUGUUCUCGCUGUUCCCUAUAAAGUAACCUAUAAAUCAUUAAAUGUAUUGCUCAUCGCUAGCUUCAACUUUAUCCAAAUUUUCUGACAGAGCUCGAAUACCGUUACUAUAAAAGUGUUCGUCUGUUGAGUAUAUCCACGAAUCUAGCCAUUUUUCGAUAUCUUCAACAACAACAACAAUAUCGCACGCUAGCCUAAUGCGGUCUCGAUCAACUAGAUUAGUUGAGAGAAUUCGUUAUCGAUAUAUAUGUUUUCGGCACAUUUUGCAUGUUGUAGGAUAAGUACAACGAUACACCGUACCCCAGUGCUGAGUCAAGAAAAGCUCGAAAAGUUCCUCGACCUGAUCCAGAAUCGAACCCGAUAUCACAACCGUGUGGGAGAGCUAGCCGACCGACAUCGCUAACCACAGGACCACGGGGACCCAUAUCUUCAUAUGAGCAUAUAAAAACUGCUGGUCAGCCAGACCAUGUGCCGUCGAACGGAGCAAGUAAUUAUCGGCCAGCGCAAUAUUUGGGGAAUGCGAUGGGUGAGUUAGGACUUCCCAUUUGAGCAUUUCUAUGCAAGCUUUAACGACUUUGGCAGUAUGAGCCCGAGCGUUGUCAUGCAAUAGAAGCACUUUUUCGUGUCUCUACUCGUAUGGUACUCGUGGCUGGUUUUCACGCAGUGCUAUGCUUUGUCGUACCAAUUGAAGUCGACAACGAUCCCAAGUUUCGUUCGGUUUCAACAGCUCAUAAAUAAAUAACCUAGACCUGGUCCCACAAACAUAACAUAACAACCCAUGCGAUGAAGAAAACUUUUUUUUUUCCAUUGGAGCAGUUGUUAACAGACGAAAAUAAGACGCUAAACGUCCAUUGGCCUGAAAUAGUAAGGAAUCCAAGUCGUUGUUUUGAAUCCUUCUUAAAGCAUACUUGGAAAUGACCUGACUCCUAAUAAUGAAGCAAGCUGUUCUUGCGUUUGGCAUGGAUCCUCAUCGAGCAAUUCCUCCGAUUCAGCGUGUUAGAAGGGUUUUGGCCUUCCUUCACGCGGACAGUCGUCAACAUCAAAGUUACCGUCUUUAAAGCACGUUGUUUCACUUAGAGCGGCAUUUCUGAAAAACUGUUGUUAACUCUAGAUGCGCUUCAGCCGCUGUUUUCUUUGAAUAAAACGAGAAAAGUAACACUUCUCGCAUAUGAUGCUUAUUUUGUACACACACAACUAAAAGUAUAUUAGUAUAUUUGUUUACCACAUGUCACAGCUUGGUUCAUCAUGUUUUAGACAUGUCAAAAUCGACCGCUACUGUCGGCACCAUCUAUUGACGAAUAGCGAGAACUUAGUUGCGCAUCUGACUCGAUAUUUUUUCUUUAACAAAAUGACAAGGAAUCAUAUUUUUGAAACGUAUUGUGCACCUCGCAAACGAUAUCGUCGAAGUAUUUUAACUAACGUAACUAUGGCUCAAGGUAGAGCUCCCUAGUUUUGUUUUUGGUUAUUGGCCAUAUAUCUAUAGAGAAUUUUUUCAACGAAAACUUAUGUUUAUUAUGACAACAAAAUUGGCUACUUUCUUCGAAAACAACGAUCGUGGAUCGCUCACGUACUAAAUCUAGAUCAGAAAAUUCUUAGAUUGGUAACUAAUUCAACAAGCGGAAGAAUUUUGUUAUUUCUACUUUGUAUCCAAAUACAACAAAUCAGUCAAACAAACUUUUUCAGCUUGAAACCCAGCCUCGCAUCAUCGAAAGCCUUUUUCAUGUUAAUGCUCUGGCAUUUCAAUUCAUUAACCAUUCAAGCAUCCUAAAAAGCUUGAAAUAUUAACGAUUAGAUCGUCUUUCUAACCGAGAAAAUUGAUUGCCGAAAGUAAAAACAAAUAACCUAGCUAUAAGGACUUAGACUUAAGCCUAAAAGUAAGUUUAGUUUAAUCAAUAUUAACCGAAAACAACCGUCCAUCCAUUAUCGAAAAUCUCGGUGAUCUGCGGAGCAACUCACAGCAAAAAAAAACUAGAAUAGGAAUAAUGCUUUUACAUUAUUAUGAUGAAAACAACCUCGAUAGUAAAUGAAAAAAAAAUCUUCAAAAUGACUCAGUAAAAAUGGUGCUGCUGGAAGCUUCUUAUCGAGCUCUUACUUGCAGAUACGCUUUCUUAAUCAAAAACCAUUCACUUAUUAUUUCUUGUCCCACUGAACAAAUCACUUACAUUCUUUCAUCUCCGGUUUAGCGGAGUACAUGUAUUAUAAAUAUUAUACUUUUUUUUUUCUUAUAUAUCUUUGUAUCGUUUUCAUUUACGUUUAUCAAAACUUUAUUAAAUUAAAUGCUUGUUAUGCUUCUUUUUCUUAUUCUCGAACCAUUACCACACACUGCAAAAAAAAUCAAUAUCAAAACAACAACAAACCUCCCCGCCCUUCCCCCCACUUUGCGCAUCCCAUUACACUCCGCUCCGGUCUAUUCGAACCCACCCCAAAAACAACCCGAAUCACUCGAAACCCACGCCACCAAAACCCAAAAACCUCCGAAU